GGCUCAUACAUUCGUAGAGUAUAUAAACUAAAGCUCUGCAGUAGAAAGAGCACAGUUCGAAGGCAUUGUUCUAAAGCGUAACAUAAAGUUUAACCACAGCAAUCAAAAUUCCAAGCGGCCUCGAAAGAUUUUAACCAAACUACAGUUAAUUAUUGAGUUCCUCACGUUCAUACUCAACAUCUUCCUUCAAUACAAUGGCAAAGCACCCUAAAACUUUACUAUUCGCGCUUGCGCUUUUUUGCCAUAUAAUGCUGCAGCUCCAAGCUUCUCCGUUGAUUGGCAGCAGCACCUACUAUGACGAUGACGACGAUGACACGGAGGUGUUGGAGAUCGAUUUGAAUAGCAUUGAUGAUCUCGUAAAUGGUGGCGGUGAGGAGGGAACACAGGCGAUUGACUUGAGCUUUUAUGGCAAUGCGCUUUACGGCAUGCCCGAUAAUGAAGUGACAGCCCAGUUGGUGGCUAACUAUACAGCCGAAGAGUCGGCGGUUAAUCCAGAGGAGUUGGGUUCCUACCUGGAGGGCGACAUCUUAGUGCCAUUUGGAAGGGUGUCUGCCAGAAAUGGCAUUAUUACGCUAAGUUCACGUUGGCCUAACGGUGUGGUGCCGUUCGAAAUACGCGGUAACUUUAAUGCACGCGACAUGUCUACCAUCGAGCAUGCUAUGGACGAGUAUCAUCGUCGCACCUGUAUACGUUUUGUGCCACGUAGCCGUGAGAGUGAUUACAUUUCGAUUGUGAGUGGCAAUUCGGGUUGCUGGUCGUCGGUAGGACGUGUGGGCGGCAAACAAGAGGUGAAUCUGCAAUCGCCUGGUUGUCUCAGCAAGCCCGGCACCGCAAUGCACGAACUGAUGCAUGCACUGGGUUUCCUACACGAACAGAAUCGGCAGGAGCGUGACUCAUAUGUGGAUAUAAUGAUGGAGAAUGUACAACCAAAUGCAGUGUCGAAUUUCGAAAAGGCUCAACAUACCGUUGCUUAUGGUGUACCUUACGAUUAUGGCAGUGUGAUGCAUUAUUCGGCGAACGCUUUCUCGCGUAACGGUCGUCCGACAAUCGUGGCUGUGCAACCGGGCGGCAGUCAACGUAUGGGUCAACGUGAAGGAUUCUCAACCUAUGAUAUUGAAAAGUUGAAUAAAAUGUACAAUUGUGAUGGGCCAGCUAUUGGCGGUGGAGUUGGUGCUGGUGGAAAUGGCAUGGGCGCCAUUGCGCCAGCUCCAGCACCAGUUGCAGUGCCGGCACCAGCGCCUCAACCCGCGCUGCCAGCUCCUGUUGGCCAAGCAGGAAAUGCAAACUUGAUUGGCAGUUUUCUAGGUGGUCUUAUUAGUGGUUUGGGACUGGGCGAAGAGAUCAACAAUGUUGAUGUGACAACGGAGCCAACAAAUGACAUAUAAAGGGAAACAUUAUGAUGGAUGACGGAAACACCCCAACGAAAGUAUAAGUUCCUUGCAAGUAGCUCGAUGAUCAUUACUCCACUCUAGUUUAAAAACUCGAAUUUCAAAUGCAGUAUUAUAAUUUAUUUUAAGAGCUUAAGAAUAAAGCAAAAAAACAGAUUUUUAAUUAUUUCUCUAUUCAUUGAGUUCACUGAACUAUAGCUCGUCACUUUACCGAUAAAAAUAUCGAAACGUUAAGACAAUAAGACUUUACUCAUAAAUUUAAAAUUCUUAAUUUUUUAAUAAAAUGUAUGUCGUCCCGCUCUAAAGUAAUCACCUUUGCUAACAAUACACUUCUGCCAACGUUUUUUCCAAUCCUCGGAACAGUUGUUAAUGUCAAUUUCCGGAAUAGCCGGCCCAUAAUUUCGGCCUCUUUUCACGAAUAGCUUCGCGCAAACGACGUACAACGACGCAAUACAAAUAAUAUUCCUUUUUGACAGUUUGACCUGUCGUAAGGAAUUCGGAGUACACCAAGCCUCUGCAAUUGAGGAAAACUAUCGACAUAACUUUGAUUUUUGACCUGCUUUGACGUGUUUCUUCGGUUUCGGCUCACACUUGCCA